AUGUUGCAACCACCUAGAAAUGAGCAAGCUCAUUCAGAUUUCAUGAUUCGUGAUAUGGAGCCCAUACCGAGAUCUGGUGAAACCGAUGGGUUUCGAUUCACAAUCAUGUCCUAUAAUCUUCUAGCACAGCAUUUGGUACAAAGACGCCUAUAUCCCUUUAGUGGAAGCAUCUUGAAAUGGAAAACUAGAUUUCCGAUUUUGCAACUGGAGAUAAAGCAUUAUAAUCCUUCGAUCAUUUGUUUACAGGAAGUCGAUGUUGAUCAACUAGUAAAUUGGGACACAUUUUUCAGAAAGAAUCAAUAUAAACUAUGUACUUAUGAACAACCAGGAAAAAGCCAUUGUGUUGCAAUUGCAUAUAAAACGCAAUUUUUCGCUUUGGAGGAUCAUUUUGGAGAGACUUUCGACAAUGUUACACCCCCAGAUCUUAAUCACGAAGAGACAAAUAACGGCUUUUUGGUGGCUAAAUUUCACUACACCAGAGAAGCCAUAGAGGCCCACGCUCAUUUGAAAGACAAAGGGCUUGUUGUUUCUACCACACAUUUAUUUUGGCGCCCAGAUGCCUGCUAUGAACGAGCUAGACAGUACUAUGUUCUUCUCGAAAAUAUAUCCUCGUAUGUUGCAAAAAUAGCAAUUGAUUCAAGCGGAAUCGAUUACAGCGCCAUAAUGGCCGGUGAUUUCAAUUCUGAGCCGUUUGAUGCUCCAUAUCUCUUGGCUACCACAAAAGCUCAUGCCGAUAAUGAGUCAGUGCGAGAUAAAUUGAUUCAAAGUGUCAUUUCUAGAAAGUCUGACUCUUUGGAGAACCCUGACUGUGAGAAGACAGCUGAUCUUAGAUCGGUCGCCGAAACCAAUGCUAACACCUUGAUAAACCUACACAAACAGCUCAAUUAUCGUGCUCAAUCACUUUAUGGUCUUGCAUAUCAUCUUAUAAGGGGAAAAGAAGCUAAGUUUGGCAAUGAGCCCGCGUUUUCGAAUUGGACGCCUGCUUUCAAGGGAAUGCUUGACUAUAUCUUCAUACUCUCGAAAUGUGAUGGUCUGAAACCUUAUUCCGAGGUGGAUAUGUUUCAGUUUGAAACUGCUCAUAAAAUUAAACUUUUGAAAUUACUUCCUUUGCCAACAGAAGAUAAAAUGGGUGUUGCAGGUUUGCCCCAUUUGCGUUGGUCCCCAUCCGAUCAUAUAUCAAUAAUGGCAGAAUUAGAGGUUCCUGGAGAUAAAAUUGACUCUCUUGUCGCUGAUUUGGGACUUUGA